AUGAAAGCAUCCCUGAUCUCGUGGCUGUUCCUUGCUCUGACAAUCAGCCACGCGAUGGCCGAUCUGACAGACAGAGCAGAUCCGACAGAAAGUGAACGGCAAGAAUUUGAACCACUGACUCGCAAAAGAUUGUGCCAAUUGCUUUCGGAUAAACAGCUGAAUUUCACCGGACCACAAUGGACGAUAUUCAAAGUGGGAAAACACGAUAUUGGAGACGGGAAAUACAAAUAUCGCUUAAUCGUGAGUACUGUUUCUNGUGGUAAGGGAAUGAUUAUGAUUGGUUAA